AAGCCACAGAGCCGCAUUAAACGAAACCUUUGGAGCCUCUUCGGACUCAAGUGCUUUUAGGAGUCAAUAUCAAACCACCUAGAAGUUCGACAACAACGAGCACCACACCAAUUUACGAGGACGACCUGGGAGAUGAGAUCUUGUCACAACUGAGGAACUUUUUCUAUUGUCGCAUUGUGUUUCCCAACUACGACAAAUUCUUAGCCCUACCCCACUCCAAUUGCCACGUGGAUCUUGUUUCGUCUCAAGUGCUUUUGGAUCUUCUUUAAGUCAAUUUGAUCGCCAAAACUGCAAGGAUUGUUCAUCACCAGAGUCCAAAAUCGAAUGAGGUCCCAAGAGAUUACAUGAGGUCCCGUUAAAGAAAUCGAUUGAAGAACAAAGCGUAAAAAGCCGUAUUGCCGACCGCUCGGAUUAGCCAGCCCAAAUCUGUAGUUACCAUGACUUCUGAGAAUGGGGAAUCCGAUGGAAUCCUCUUGGGGAUUUCAACCAAUCUAACGGAGGAGCUCAUCAUGGUGGGGAACUGCCCCAACGAUUCCACGGCUGAUCUUCAAUUCGUGGAUGAGGUUUCGUUCUGGAUGGAGGGGGUUUGUCAAACGAUAAUUGCCAUACUGGGAAUCAUCGGGAACAUCGUGGCCAGUAUUAUCUUGUCGCGCAAGGAGAUGAGGAACGCUUUCAAUCUUCUGCUGGUCACGAUGGCGUGCUUCGAUUCCACGUACUUGUUUGGUUCCAUCCUCGAGAGCUUUCGGAAGCAGUUCGAUUUGGUUAGUGACAUGCACAUAAGACUAUUCCCGUGUUUGCUGUAUCCAUUCAACCAGAUCGCUAUAACGGCAUCGAUAUUCAUGACGGUGGCCAUCGCACUGGAAAGGUUCAUUGCCGUCCAUUACCCCUUGAACUACAGUCAAGCCAUGCACGAGGCCAAUGCUCUGACCAAGCGGAUCGUGAAGUAUGUGGCGUCUGUGACUUCAUUAGCCAUUCUUUUCACAAUCACCCGAUUUUUCGAGGCUGAGGUGGUUUAUACACCCGUCGUGGACAGCACCACCAAUGAAACGGUGGACUACGAACUCGCUUUGAAAGCCACAGAUCUGCGAACAGCUCCAAUCUACACGACCUACUUCAACUGGAGUCGCUUGAUCGUGCUCGGCAUCAUUCCAUUCGUAAUGCUCGUCUACCUGAACGUGGGGAUUUACAAAGAUAUCAAGGCUCGAAAGAACCGACGCCUAAAUCCCAGACACCAUCAGCAAAAGGGUCGCCGCACCUCCAAGUUCCCCGCUUUUAAAUGGUGCAUGGAGAGAAAAUCCAAAGACAAUCAUUCUCAUUCCACAGGGGACUUCUUGCCAACACUGAAUCCUCCCAUAGAGCACACCGAGAUGAUCCCUCUUGGUCAACAUGAAACUGGGACUGACAACAAAAGUCCCUCGCCUGAUACGCCCCAAGUGGGCACGUCUGAAAAAAAGGAGGUGGUGGUGAGCGAUGCCAAACCCGUCAUCAAGUCCAGAAAGGUCCUCGUGCGGCUCUCGAGGAAGAAGAAAGCUCCGCCCGCCGCGCCCGCUGUCACCGUCAAUGAAUCGCGACGCAAGAAGGAAGACAAUUUGGCGGUCAUCUUUAUGGGGUUCAUUAUGGUGUUCCUCGUAUGUCAUUUGCCGCGAUUGUUGCUCAACAUCCACGAGUUGGCUACCAUUCGACAGGCCAUGAAAUGCCAAGAGGCCGGACUCAAGGCCUUCCCAUUGUGGUCCGUCGUCAUUAUUAGUCUUAGUCAUCUCCUUUUGGUCAUUAAUUCGUCCACUAAUAUCCUCAUUUAUUGCUGUUUAAGCUCCAAGUUUCGAGAGGAAUGCCGAAAAGUUUUCAGAAAGUUCUAAGUACUGCUGGGUCGCGGAUAAAAAUGCAAAUAUUGACCGACUCCUUUUUCCAUUCCUCUCAUUCGCUUCUUCAGGGUGACUAGAUGGCGAACUCGCAAAAGCCCAAAUCUAGUGUUAUUUCGAAGCUAGAAAAGUUUAUUGCCCAUAGCAAAUUGUAGAAAACAUUCUAAGGAUUAUAAAGUAUGGAUAGCGAGUAUAUGUUGUCACCUUUUUUUCCAAGCCAAGGAGGCACAUAAUGUCAGAAAGUGUAGUUCUGGCGUGAAAUUUAGCCGCAAACCAAAUUCUUUGGAGUGCUCGAAAAAUAUAGCAAGAAUCAAAAGAAAAGCUCAUAACUUUUUGGAUUCAUUACAUUCGCAAUAAAUCCUGGUUACUUCGGCUUUUUGCAAAAGAGACCUAAUGAUCAAUCAAUUCUAAAAGAGUACCUUUUUUACUCCAAAAUCCAAAACACUAGAUCAAACAAAAAUUUGGCUGAUAUCGAGAUUUGUGCCGAAAAAUUUCCUAGAUCUAAGUGUAUUUCUCUUAAUCUCAUCACUCUGCGAAUGUUCCUCUCUCAUUCAUCGACGUGCUCCCUCACUUUACUGAGGGAGAGUGGCACCGUAGAAAUGCCCUUUUGGAGAGGGUACAGAGCUAAAGCAUUGCCCAACCUCCAAAGUGAAGUUCUUUCUUCGAACGUAAAGUAUUACACUUACCAAUAUCUACUGAAGUGUUUGUUUGCAUCCAGGAUAUUGAAGAGUCUUGGAGAGCCCCACAAAAGUAAAGCAUUCCUCAAGAAAGGCCCCAUAUACGAACAUGAUAACAACACGUAUUUCGACAAUUUGCCUGCUUGGAGCACUUUCUUGUCUUUUAUUAUCAACUGUUGGUUGUAAUGUGGGAAUUGUUUCUACCUAUAUACAUGUCAAUUUAUUUAUUUUCUAAACAUGAAAUGUACUGUAAUAGUGAAAAUAUCCAUCAUUUUCUGUCUGGUAACUGGUUGCUAAUAAAUGAGAUUUCUUCAAUAAC